AUGACACAGGCAGCUGCCCCAUCACCUUCAGUCAGGUAUAUAGACAUUGCACGUUGGAUUGCUGUGGCCGAAAUUUUCCAAGAGUUGCCAGGAACACUUCCACCAGGAUGUCCAAUGUCUCAAAGACAAGAAGAAACCAGUGUUUGGUUGUGGGGUCUGUUCUUCACUCAAUUGUGGUGUGUAUACCACACCGGUAAAUGGACAAUGUUUUCCAAAGGAAUGUUAUUUCCCAUCUCUCGAAGAUUAUCAGCCCUUGCCUGUAACUGGGCAACAGUAGCUUCAAGAGCUUCUAGGCGUGCUUGUGUUAUGAGAUCUUAA